AUGAGUCCAAAAAGCUUUACAUGUUCUAAAUGUAGCAAAACCACAAACGACAAGAAGCUAUCAGUAAGUUGUAACUCCUGCAAGAGCAUUUUAUGUGGUGAUUGUCAUGGAAUGUCACCAACUGAAGUAAGAGUGUUCGAGUUAAAGACAAUAGCUCGAGUGGUUUCUUUCUUAUGUGUCGAUUGUAAGUCACUAAUGGCACAAAUACCAAAUAUAAUGAAACAACUGGAGGAACUUACUAAAGAAGUACACCACUUGCGAUUACGUCAAAACAUGCUUGUAACUGAAGGAGCAAUACAAGAAUUGGCUGAGCGCACUAAGAGAACUAACAAUAUAAUAAUUUACGACGUACCAGAAUCAACCUCGGAUAAACCUUUACAAAGGCAGGAGCAUGAUAAAGAGGAGUGCAGGAAAAUAAUAACAUGUGUGAGCAAAAAAGUUAGCUGUGAUAAUGUGAAACUAUUUCGUCUUGGUAAGUUUCAAGCUGGGGCUUCUCCUCAUCCCAUUAAAGUAGUAAUGAAGUCUAAGAAUGAUGCUAUUGAGAUACUUCGUAACAAAACUAAACUGGAUAAACCGUCAAAUAUUAAAUCAGAUCAAACUGCCAUGCAACGCGAGUACUUAAAAUACCUCCGUGAUGAAUUAGAGAAUCGUACUAAUAAUGGAGAACAAGGCUUGACUAUCAAGUAUAUACAAGGGCAGCCUAAAAUUAUCUGUAAACAGGAGAUAAAAAACUAG